GAACAAUCCAAAUACGAACCUCCAACUUCCAGGUUGCGCGCCUUGCAUCCCGCCGUGCAUUGAGCACCAAGGUUGUGCCGCAAGAUGCUGAUUAGCAAUGCUGAAUCAAGCGGUCUGACGAUCCCGCCGACCCGUCUCCUUCUCCGAGAAGGGGUUUAACUGAUUUCCGACGCUACUUCCUCGCCUGGGAAUCCCGCCCAAACAAUGCCGACUGACGGUCAUGGCAACCCCGGAAGCGGCCCCGGCAGCAGCAACAGCAACAGCAACAUCCGCGUCUUUGUGCGCUGGCACGAGCAGGUCGUAUUUGCUGGAGAGGAUGUCAAAUGCACCAUCACUUUCAGGAAUGUCGCCCGCUCCCCCGCAGCGGGAUCUACACUUUCGACGCCGACUGCUCUGAAACCUUCAACACAGUUUCCACCCUCAUCCCGACACCCUGGCGCCGAGCGCGGUCCGCGCCAGCCAUCAUCACCCUUACACCCAGGCGUACCCGGGCGUACAAAGCCCAAUGCCGGUCUCGCCCCGCCUCCGGCUGCCCGUGGUCACCGUUCGACCCUCUCGCUAUCCGUCCCAUCGGCAACCUCUCGCGGACGUGGCGGGUCCAUCUCCUGGUUGCCAUCUCCCACUGCCGGCACGCGUCCUCAGCGCAAUGACAAUGGGAACAGUAACGGCGGCGGCGGCGGAGGCGGCCAUGGGCAUAAGAGAUCUGUGUCAAUUGUCUCGAUUGGCUCGCUGAGCACCGUCAACGACGAUGCGCAGAGCCAUGCGUCGUCGCCGAAGCCGCAGCGGCCGGCGAGGGGGCACGCUCGCGCGGCGAGUCUACAAACUAUACCCCGUAGUGGGCCGUUUAAUUCUCCCCGUCCUGGCCAUCAGAGGGGGCCCAAUCCACAGCCCUCGCCCCUUUUCCAUGCCUCAUACCCUCCAGAAAGGAGCAUCAACGGCCGCAUGUCGGGCAACUCAACAGCUCCCAACACACCAAUGCCCUGGUCUUCGCGGACGUCUCCCCUUUCCACUCCGGAACCGCUAUCGGCGUUCAAGUUCCCCAUGACAGAUUCGCCAUCGAUACCGGGCACUCCCGGCGGAAGACCAGACGAAGAAAUUUUGAGCCCAUCACAGCCGACCGGAUUGUCAAAUACGCUGCCAAUGCGGCUGAGGGAUCCGGUGCCAACGAUAAACGAGCAUGGGGCCACGCCCUCGGCACGCAUCUUGUCAACCACAAGCAUAGCGGGGACACCAAGGAGUAGCGGUGAGUUCUAUUCGCUGAGCAACAACUCGUCUGAGACGCUGGCCUCGGAGUAUGUCACGCAGCAGCCCCUGCGGACAAACGGACGCGCACCACACAGCAGGAGGACGUCCAAUUUCUCGCCGAGCUCAACGAGACUACCCGAAUCGCUCAUGAUGGGAUAUGCGCAGAUACAGGGAUCCUUCACCCUGGACGGGUCGCUCAUCAAUUUGGGGCCUUUUGAACAUGUCAAGCGCAAAGCCGUCGUUGGCGGUCAUGGGGGCGGUGUUGUGGGUCUCGAGACGACAAAGCGCGACGGCAGCUUGUUACGGAGCUUCGGAUGGGGCAACAUCACCAAUUCCAUUGGCGAGCUGCUGGGCGGUGGCGAGCUGAGCAGCAUCAAGCAAAUGCGUGGGAUAGCCAGCUCCAAGUCAAUCCCCCUGUUAUCUACGCCGCAGUCGAUUCUGUUUGUCGACCUGCAGCUAGGCCCUGGCGAGAGCAGGGCUUUUGAGUAUGCCUUCAAACUUCCCAAGGGUUUACCACCUACCCACCGCGGCAAAGUCAUGAAGAUAUCAUACAGCCUGGUUAUUGGCACACAGCGGCCUGGUGGUGCCAAAGAACAGCAAGUCAAAUCGGUCGAGAUUCCCUUUCGUGUCCUUGGCAGCGUCAACAGCCAUGGCGAGAUCCUCGGACACGACCUCAUGUCCCCUUACAUCCUCCUACGGGACCAAGCCCGCGUUCAAGCCGUCAAGGACGGCGGGCCCAAUACCCCAACCCAACAGAAACCCAAAUCCGCAUCUCCAUCUUCGUCCGCAACAACCUCCACCAUGGCUUCGUUCCUCUCUUACGUCGACGACCUCUUAGCUCGCCCCAAAAACCACCAACCAGGCCAAGGCCAAAGCCACCAUCCCACGGCCGCCCUCCUUAGCCCGUCAGCACCCACUCCCCGCUCUCGCCGUCCAUCCGUCCACUCAGUGUAUUCAGACGACCCAUCCACCUCGUCUGCGUUGCAUCCGACCUCGGCAAAGGAAGCCAUUGACCUGGCCAUCCUCCGCUCCAACCGCUCGCCGCCGGGCCAUCAGGCGGCCAACCGGUUCGAGAUUGCGCGCAACGGGCGGCGCGUGGGCGUGGUCAUGCUCGCUCGCCCGGCCUACCGCCUCGGCGAGGCCGUGAACCUCGCCAUCGAUUUCUCAGGCGCCGAGGUGCCCUGCUAUGCCGUGCACGCCGCGCUCGAGACGGCCGAGCGCGUCGACCCGAGCCUGGCGCUCCGCUCCGAGGCCAGCGUGCACAGGGUUACGAGAAAAGUCUGGGUCUCGGCCAGCGAGGCCGUCAUGUUUGCCCGCAGGACCGUGUUUAACCCCACGAUCCCCCCCGCAGCCACCCCAGAGUUUGUCACGAGCGGUGUGGCGCUUGAGUGGAAGGUUCGGUUGGAGUUUGUGGUCCCUGUGGAUACCGGUGAGACGCUGCUGCCGAAGGGAGGUGGAAGGAGGGAGGACGGGGUUGAGGUUGGAGAGGACGGGGAGGAUGAUGAGGAUGAGAAUGAAGAUGGGCAAAGAAAGGGGCAGGAGGAAGGCAAGGCGGUGAUGAAACCGCACCCGCUGCUCGAGGAGAUUUCAAGGGACGACCGCGGCGGGUUGGUGCUCGUUGCUGUGGAGAACCUGACGUGCGAGAGCUUCGAGGUGGCCGUCCCGCUCAGGGUGUACGGCGCUGCGCGGGACGGGUUGGAGAGGUUGGAUGGGGACGAGGUUGUGGAAGAGGGCUUGCCGGUUUAAAGGCCUGCCGAGGUAGUGCUUUUGCUUAAACUCUGGGACGCGUGGUUUGGAAUAGAUAUGUUAUGGAUUGUUGGGCGUGACUCGCGCGGAUGUUGGUCCGUAGUUGGCCUCUGUAAUGAUCUUUGUGCAGUGGUUCCCCUUUUAUGCCUUCAACCCCCAAAUCGCCGGUUGCUGUCCCUGACUUUUGACAGCAAUGCCAAAGCAAGUCGACAGGCUCUGAGUGGAGGACCAGGUCGAUAUCCUAUCAUGCCCAGUAGUGGAGUGGAUUCUUUCCAAACCCAGGCCAUCAAGGCGGUUCAUACACGCCGCGAAGG